AGACAACCGUGCGCAACGGAUGGUGUGUGUGCCAAGUAACAGAAGUGCAUGUAAUAUUUCUAUCCAGGAAGUGAUCAGUAGAUGUUUGCUGUUAUCCUUUUAAGAUAAUUUACUUUUAACACACCAGGAACAUAACAGUGAAAUCUGCUGAUUGUGUCAUCGACAAAAUGGCAGAAUCUUUUUCUGAUGAUCAAAAUCCUUUCAACUGUCCGAUCUGUCUUCAUCUUCUAAAGGACCCUGUAACUACAACUUGUGGGCACAGUUACUGUAUGAACUGUAUUGAAGAGUACUGGGAUCGGGAUGGUCAGAAGGGAGUUUACAGCUGCCCUCAGUGCAGACAGACGUUCUCUCCAAGACCAGCUCUCAGCAGAAGCACUGUGCUAGCUGAAGUUGUAGAGAGAAUAAAGAGGGCAGAACCAAAAGCUGUAAAAGCCUCAUUACUGGUUUGUGCUGUGCCCGGGGAUGUGGAGUGUGAUGUCUGCACAAAGACAAAACUAAAAGCAAUCAAGUUUUGUUUGGCAUGUUUGGCUUCUUACUGUGAAACUCACAUCCAAACUCAUUAUACGUCUUCUGCAUUAAAGCGUCACAAACUAGUCAAUGCCUCGCCACACCUACAGCAGCAGAUCUGCUCUCAACACGAUAAACAACUGGAGUUGUACUGCUGCAACGAUCAGCAGUUGAUAUGCAUGCAAUGUGCUUUAAUUAACCACCAAAAUCAUAAAAUAGCUUCACCUGCAGCACAGAGAAAACAAAUACAGACACAGUUGAAAUCAAAUCAGGAUGGUCUAAAAAAGGACAUGCAUCAGCGAGAGAUGAAAAUACAGGAGUUAAGGCAAGCUAUGGACUCUCAUAAGCGUUCAGCACAGGCUGCAGUGGAGCACAGUGAGACAAUCUUUACAGAGCUGAUCAGCUCCAUGCAGAAAAGACGAGCUGAGAUCACUAUCAUUAUCAGAGCUCAAGAGAAAAAUGAAGUAAGAAGGGUUGAGGCACUUAUAAAUUCAUUGGAGCAAGAGAUCAGUGAUCUGAAGAAGAGAAACAAUGAACUGGAGCAGCUUUCACACAUAGAGGAUGAUGUCUAUUUCAUUCAGAAUUUCUCUUCUUUUCCCCGCUACCAACGUUCAAGCAUGUGCAGCAUCUCUGUCAAUCAACAUCUGACGUUUGAGGAAAUACAAACAAUUGUCUCUGAGCUGAAAAGUCAACUGGAUGAUCUCUGUGAAGAAGAUGCUGUCAGGAUAUCAGAGAAAGUUCCUGCUGUCCAUAUAAUGGCAAACAAUGAAAAGAUCACAGAAUAUUUGCCAUCUCAGCCCAAGACCAGAGAAGAGUUCCUUAUGUAUUCCACUGAUUUGAAUCUGAAUCAGUCAUCAGCCAGCAAUCGUCUCUCUAUACAAAACAAGUCUGUGUCAAGGAAUGAUUCUCUACAAAACAAUCACAAUGUUGCUUAUGAAAAUUGGGGGAUAUAUGACAGUUACAGCAGUUAUAACAGUAUGGUUACAUAUCAGGUGUUGUGUAAUGAGAGUCUAUCUGGACGCUGUUAUUUUGAAGUUCAGUGUCAAGGAACAGGUUGCUCUAUUGCAUUCUCAUACGACCAGAUUGAACACGGAGGAAAUUUUACCUUUGGAUGCAACAAAAGAUCCUGGAAAUUUGAUUUUCCAAUGGCUAAUCCUUGUGUAUGGCAGAAUAACCAAAAGACUAACAUUUCCCUAAUCUCUAAAAUUGGAGUGUUUCUGGAUCAAAAGGUGGGAAUUGUGUCCUUUUACAAUGUCUCUGACAAAAUGACCCUCCUUCACAGAUUCCAGACCACAUUCACUGGGCCCCUCUAUCCUGGGUUUUCAUUUCAGCAAUGGGGAAAUUCCUCAUCAGUGGCAAUUUGUGAUUUACCAUUUACAAAACAAACUAAGAAGAUCUAAUCUUUACUCGCAGUGAUAGUUAGUGAACUAUUAAUUAAGAGCCAUGGCAAAAGUAAUCACUGAAAAUGUGCUUAACCCUACAUUGCUACAGUAAAUUUUAUGGUCACAUUACACAGGUUCAUCUGAAUUUUUUUUUAUAUCUUUUAAAAGUUAACAUUUUCCUGUAAUUUAAUUCAAAAAGUGGAACUUUCAAAUAUUCUAGAUUCAUUACAC